AUGACCGCGAGGGGCCCUUGUGACGAUGCAGCUUUGGUUGGCGCCGCUGAGAAUUUGUGCGUGGACCAACUGUUGCUGAACCUGGCCGGUGAUGUAGGAGAAGGGGCUUGUCUGGGUUCCUCAGAAGAGCCCGCAUUUGGCGGUGGUUCGGCCGAAUCCAUGGCGCCGAGAGUGGAUUCUAGAAUGGACAGGAUACCGAAGUGGCCACCGUCGCCGAGUGAAUUGUGCAGGGUGCAGCAGCAGCAGGAGCAGCAGCGUAACAACAGCGGUGCCUCAAUUGAGUGCUGUUACAAGCUGAACUCGCUCAACCCCGAAGUGGCCGAAUACUUGCAGGUGCCGCCGAAGGCUAUGCAGCGUGUGGUCGGCCUUUGUCGUCGCCCCGAAGGCGGGAAGUCCGGGGGUGGGCUGUCGCGGAACGGGCCUCUCAAGAAGAUUCCUCCCACGCCUGACUAG